GCCGCCGCAGAUUAUACUUACCACAUAUCUACCCAAAAGCGUUAACCAUGGCGACUCGUCAGGACCAUUGGACAUGUGUACGUUCUGUUCUUAUCAUUGGAUUUGAAUAUAGCGUCUCGUUCGUGAUGGAUUGGCGGAUCGAGUGUGGAUGCUAUUAUGAUUAUGGCGAACAGACGAUCCGAAUCAUGGGAUCCACCAUCAUAUUGGUGGCGGGGCGAGUUUAUUUCCUUGAAACGCGUUGAUCUUAUCUGGCUGCCGCCACGAUAAAACGUUUGACCAGCCAUUCUGCCUUGUUAUCAAAG